AUGUCUAUGAUUUUAUCAGCCUCUGUAGUCCGUGUGAGGGAUGGACUCCCACUGUCUGCAUCUACAGAUUAUGACCAGAGCUCAGGAAUGCAAGAAUGUAGGAAAUAUUUUAAAAUGCUCUCAAAGAAACUUUCUCAGCUUCCUGAUAGAUGCACUCUGAAAACCGGGCAGUAUAACAUAAAUUUUAUAAGUUCUCUGGGAGUAAGCUAUAUGAUGUUGUGCACUGAAAAUUAUCCCAGUGUCUUGGCUUUCUGCUUCCUGGAUGAGCUUCAAAAAGAGUUCAUCACUACCUACAAUAUGAUGAAGACAAAUACUGCUGUUAGACCGUACUGUUUUAUAGAGUUUGAUAAUUUCAUUCAGAGGACCAAACAGAGAUAUAACAACACACGCUCUUUGUCAACAAAGAUGAAUCUUGCUGACAUGCAGACAGAAAUCAAGCUGAGACCACCUUAUCAAGUUUCUGUGUCAGAACUUGGUUCAGCCAAUGGGUUCACAGGUUUACCUGUGCCAGAAUACAAGGGUACUGGUAAGAUAUCUGCAGCUCCUCAUCAGCGUCUGGAACCUGUGACUCUGACAGGGAUUGUCUCAUUUGUGCUUAGUCUGUUAUGCGGGGCUUUGAAUUUAAUCCGUGGCUUUCAUGCCAUAGAAAGUCUUCUGCAGAGUGAAGGUGAAGAUUUCAGCUAUGUCAUUGCGUUUUUUCUUGGAACAGCAGCCUGUUUGUACCAGUGUUACCUGUUUGUGUACUACACGGGCUGGAGGAAUGCCAAAUCCUUCCUGACCUUUGGCUUAAUUUGCCUGUGUAACAUGUACCUGUAUGAACUGCGCAACCUGUGGCAGCUCUUCUUUCAUGUGACUGUGGGAGCUUUUUCUACCUUACAAAUUCGGCUGCGACAACCACAAGGGAAGUCCCCUGAUUAUAAUGUCUGACAAGUCCUAGAACACUUAGAGGCAGUCUUGUCCCAACAGUUAUUCACUCUCAGGAAUGUAAAUCUGUUCUCCAUAAGAAGCUGUCUUGAUGGGUCUUUUUUUUAAUAAAGCAA